AUGAAAAUUAGUGCCAUGAAAUUAAAUUAUCCAUGCCGUGCUCGAGAUCUGGAAUAUCAAAUACCAAACACCCAGCAACUCCAAAGUUCAAGGUCAACAGAAGAAAUGACAAGUCAAAGAAGUUUGCGCCUGCUCCAGAAACUUGCAAAUGUAACUCAGCAGAGCUUUCGUCUGUCACACGGUCAAAGUUCAUCCACUUCGUUGAAGACACUAACAAAACAUUAUGACGAGGUUAGCAUCCCAGUUCCGUGGGGACAUAUAGCAGGAAAAUGGUAUGGACCGAAGCAUGUUCGUCCUAUUCUAGGCAUGCAUGGUUGGCAGGAUAAUGCUGGCACGUUUGACACACUCGCACCGCUACUGCCCCAACACCUCUCCUUUCUCAGCAUAGAUGCACCGGGUCAUGGCCACUCCUCGUGGCUGCCGCCUGGUGUCAUGUAUCACUCCAUAGAUUAUGUGCAGCUGGUGCUGCGGAUAAUGGAGGAAUACAAUUGGAAAAAAGUGUCCAUAAUGGCCCAUUCAAUGAGCUCCAUAAAUGGUUUCGUAUUCGCCUCCCUAUUCCCAGACAAAGUGGAUAUGUUUAUUGGCCUGGACAUUCUCAAACCACUUAUACGUAGUCCGAAACAUAUUGUGAACGCGCUAUCCGAACGCCUGGCAGACUCUCUUAAACUGGAGCGUCGCUUACGCAGCGGCAGUGAACCGCCUGCUUACGAAUGGGAUCAACUGGUUGAACGUCUACACCAGGGCACCGACAAGUCCGUUGACUUGGAGGCCUGCAAGUACCUAUUACAGCGCAACAGCAAACCCUCCAGCCACGAGCCUCACAAGUAUUACUUCUCCCGCGACAAUCGCCUAAAGAACUCGCUGUUCUACACACUCUCCAAUGAAAUAGUAUUGGAAAUGGCAUCACACAUCACAGCGCCUCAUCUCUUCAUUAAGGCACUGCAGGCAUCCUACUAUGAGGAUAAGAAAUACUAUGAUUCCGCACUGGCGGUGCUGCGGCAGAAUCCAAACUUUGAAUAUCACGAAGUUGAUGGAACGCAUCAUGUGCACCUCAACGAGCCCGAGAAGGUGGCGCACAUCAUCAACUCCUUCAUAAACAAAUGCAGACCCCUAUAAAAAGAUGUAGAUGAAAUGAAUUCUCAACUGUACAUACUUUCUAGUUAUUAUCUAUUGAAAGAUGCAGAUAUCAAAAAUAUUGUUUUUGUAAGCCGUAAUGCUCCCGACGAAUUUAGAUCAUAAUUGACGACGAUGCGAAUUACUUAAUAAAAGAGUCU